GUCAUUAUCAUAGUUUUAGCUAUAGCUUCUGAGUAUCCAAAACUAACAGAAAUUCUUUCUACCUUGUCUCUCUCGCCUUCUCUCAAUUUUCUCACAUUCACACAAACCAAACCCAUCGCACUCUUUUUCUCUUCUCUCAUAAAAACAAAACAAAACCCUAUAAUUUCUAUUCACACACACACUCUUUCAUUUUUCAUCUUCGCGUGUGGCGGUUAUUAAAACGACGACGUUCGGUGUCGUAUCGUUUCGUUUCUCUCUUAGGGUUAAUUUUCCCCUCCUUUCUUCAUAUGCUUCUUCGUUAACCAUAGUUAACGAAUAAGUGCUUUUUUCACAACGUGCUUUUCUUCUAGGGUUGGUGCUUGCUCUUUAGGGCUUUUCAAUUUCAAUUUUUUUAGUGAUAUGAAUGGGUUAGUAAUAUAAUAGAUUGAAUUUGAUAGUGAAAUUGGUGCGAUUUCGCGGUGAAAAGAGGUGUUUUUUUUUUUUUUUUUGUUGAAUUUGAUCAUGUACAGUGUUAGUUAUGGAUAGAAGUGAACCUUCGUUAGUUCCAGAAUGGUUGAGAAGUGCUGGAAGUGUUGUUGGUGCUGGCAAUUCAGCCCAACAUUUUGCAUCUUCGUCUAGUCACGCGGAUUCUCAUUCGCCAUCUGCAGCCAAUAACAAUAGGAACAGAUCUUCGAAGAAUACUGGUGAUUUUGAUAGCUCGCGUUCUGUAUUUCUUGAUCGAACAUCGUCGGCAAGUUCUAGGAGGGGUUCUAUCAAUGGUUCUGCCAAGCAUGCUUACAGUAGUUUCAACAGAAAUCAUCGUGACAAGGACCGUGAUAGAGAGAAAGAUAGAUCCAAUUUUGGAGACCAUUGGGAUCGUGAUGGGUCUGACCCGUUGGUCAACCUUUUUUCUGGAAGGAUAGAGAGAGAUACAUUGCGGCGUUCUCAUUCAAUGGUUUCCAGGAAACAGGGUGAGACUUUACCCCGUAGAGUUGCAGCUGACACUAAAUCAGGCGGAAGCAGCAAUCACAACAAUGGAAAUGGCGCACUUUCUGUGGGUAGUGUUGGUAGUAGCAUUCAGAAAGCUGUCUUUGACAAGGAUUUUCCAUCCCUAGGGGCUGAUGAGAAGCAGGGAAUAGCUGAAAUUGGGCGGGUUUCAUCCCCUGGUUUGGGUGCCACUGCUAGUCAAAGUUUACCUGUUGGCAGUUCCGCUUUGAUUGGAGGGGAGGGGUGGACAUCUGCACUUGCAGAGGUACCUUCGGUAAUUGGAAGCAGUAGUGCUGGAUCUUCGUCAGCACAGCAAACUAUUGCUGCAACUUCUGUAUCUGUAUCAUCCAGUACCGCAGCUGGUCUUAAUAUGGCCGAGGCAUUAGCACAGGCUCCAUCUCGAGCUCGUUCAACUCCCCAGGUGUCUGUUAAAACACAAAGGCUUGAGGAACUGGCUAUCAAGCAGUCAAGACAAUUGAUUCCAGUAACACCAUCUAUGCCUAAGGCUUUGGCUCUUAAUUCUUCUGAGAAAUCAAAGCCAAAAACCGCUGUCAGAAAUGCUGAGAUGAAUGUAGCUACCAAGAGUGCGCUCCAGCAACCCUCUGCAUUGCACAUUGCUAGUCAGUCUGUUCGCAUUGUAAAUGCCAAAGUUGAUGUUCCAAAGACAUCUGGGAAGUUUACUGAUCUUAAAUCAGUGGUGUGGGAAAAUGGUGCUUCCCCUACUUCCAAGGAUGUUUCAAAUCCAACAAAUUAUGCUAAUAGUAAAUCGGCAAAUCAACAUUGUGUUGCUUCAGCAGCUGCUCCUACACCGGUGAGGAACCCCAGUAACCUAAACUCUCCCAGAGAGCGGAAGCCAGCUUCUUUGGAUUUGAAAUUAGGCUCUGCUUUGGAUAAGAAACAAUCCAUUUCUCAAGUGAAGAGCCGGAAUGAUUUCUUCAAUCUGCUUAAGAACAAAACAGCGACGAACUCGUCUACCGUUUUUCCAGAUUCUGGCCAGAUGGUUUCAUCUCCUACAUUGGAAAAAUCUGGUGAAGUAAACAGGGAAUCAGUUAUGCCUUCUGCAAGUCCGCAAUCUGUUGGCAAUGCGGCUGAACCGACUAGCAAUGGCAAUGCUCAUGCCCAUGCCCAUGAAGUGCUUUCCAGAAUUUCUGAUGAUGAUGAGAAAAAUUCCAGAGCUACGGUUUAUCCAGAUGAGGAAGAAGCUGCAUUUCUUCGUUCUCUUGGCUGGGAGGAAAAUUCAGAUGAGGAUGAAGGCCUUACUGAAGAGGAGAUCAAUGCUUUUUAUCAAGAGUGCAAGAAAUUGGAUCCCUCCGCACUCAAGCUAUGCAUUGAGGGUAUGCAGCCACAGCUGUCCAAGUUGUUUGAUUCUUGUGCAUCUAACUUGCGUGGAGCAUCUGCUGAAUUGAACUCUUCUGAACCCAGAUCUGAAGCUUGAUGUGCUGUUUUUCAAUCAUAGAUAGACCCAAGUUUCAAUUUUUGAUGUCUGAGGGCUAGUUCCAUUCCUUUUGUUCUGAAAGAAAGGCGAUGAUUUAGGGGUUAAAUAUGUAGGUGGGUUUUGAAUGGAACACCAUACAUUUGCAAAUAUUGCAAUAAGUUACAGGUGCUUCAAUCCUGCCUGCUUAACAGGGUAAAUUCUUUUCUAUUUGCCUUUUUUUAGGUCAAAAGUUAUUGGGCCGGUAGGUAGGGGCUGUUUUCUCUGCCGUGGUAGGGUGCUGGGAAAUUGCAUCUUUUGGGGGUAAUUUGAUCGAUUUAUUUUCUUUCAAGAGGGUUUUUAUUCUACAUGAUAAAGUUUAUGUUUUUGGCCAAUUUUAACCAAAAAAAAAAAGGAAAAUUAAAAGUGAACUUUUAAUUUUAGAGCA